CAAAGAACUUGUAAAGUGUUCGAGGUGACGGUAAUCGAUUAGAUCGGCUUGGAUUGGCAUUGGUUGGCUGUAAUGGCAGUAAUGUGCUACCGGUAGCGCUUGGGGACCUGCUGUUGUGAAGUCCUGGUGGAGAAUGUCUAAAGGAAAAUCUAUUUUAUAUGGAAAGCAACCAAGCAGCGGUGAAACAAAUGAGAUCAAAUCAAAGAAGAAAAGACAGGAUUCUGACAUUAGACAAGAAAUAAUAAGCUCAGAUCUACAGAAACUUAAGAAGGCACCAAGACUAUCUCCAGCAUUGUUUCAGGAUAAUUGUGAAAUUCAUCACAGCCAGAUCCAUGAACUCCUUAAAUACGCAGCACUAGGAAAGAGACAUAACGUAGCUCAGGCCAGCUGGUGUCAUAUCCUACACCAAAAGCGUCUAAGUGGUGUUUUCGUGGUUGUUCUGCAGGACCUCAGCCAGCUCCAUUUUUACAGAUAUUAUUUAUAUCUUCGCAGACUCAGAAGGCGCUUCAGACAUCGAUUUGUUUUGUCACCGUCUCCUUGUGAUUUGAUGGCAUCGUUAUUUGGUAUCUCAGACACAAAAGAGUUAAAUCCGCAUAAUUUGCCAAAAAACAUAAAAGAUUCCCCUGAUGUGGCGAUGGCUGAACAAUCACCAGCUAAAUACAAACGCACGCUGGACCCUGUUAUUGAUAAGUAUGGGACAGAAAAGUGCGGCCUUACCAGGUAUCUGCUGACUGAAGAGGAGAUAAGAACAAAUGAUUAUCCUUUAGCAGGAUCAUUGGAUUCAGCAAACUGUGUGCCCACUGGUUUCUCGGGGGAGGUAACUGACAGCAGCCCGCUUUUUGGCCUGGACUGUGAAAUGUGCCUGACAGAUAAAGGAAGUGAGCUUACCCGAAUCUCAUUGGUAGAUGCCAGCGGCCGCUGUAUCAUGGACGAGCUGGUGAAGCCGGAUAAUCCCAUACAGAAUUACAUGACCAGAUUCUCUGGGAUUACAAAGAAGCUUCUAAAUCCAGUCAAAACCAAACUGAAGGAAGUUCAAGAUAAGAUCAAGACCCUUCUGCCCCCCGACGCUGUCCUGGUCGGCCACUCGUUAAACAACGACUUGUGGGCUUUGCAGAUGAUCCAUAUGAAUGUUAUUGACACAGCUUUGCUUUAUGCCAGAGAAUUUGAAAGGAAGUUUAGACUAAAAUUCCUGACUGAAGCGGUUUUAGGGAGAGAAAUUCAAUGUGAAAAUGUCAUUGGACAUGACCCGGCAGAGGAUGCAAAAGCUGCACUAGAUUUGGCUCGGUACUUUAUUGACCAGGGACCCAAGAAGGUGGCGCAGCUUAAUCUGCAGAGGGUUCUUAGAAAAAAUAACAAACCUAAUAAAUGUAACGGCUCCGUGACCGCUGCAGAGGAAAUCCCCGUCUUACAGCAGAAUGGACAUGUUCAUCCGUUGGAAACUAUUUUAAAGGAACAUGAAAUGGAUACGCAGCUCAGUCUUGCAGAAUCAUUGCUUAGCGCUGGUAGGAAGGUCACGUAUGUGGCCAGAAAAUACGCCGGAAAGGACAAUGUACCUGAGAAUGUAUUUGACACCAUUCUUUGUUCUUCUGAAGAUGAGGUUCUGGAGAGAGCUUGCAGUAUCCUUAAUCCAUCAGCACUCAGUGUUGUUCAUUUCCGUCCUGAGAACAUUUACAAUAAAUGCACUGAGCUUACAGGAAAGAUUAGAAUGAAGUUUGCAGAGAUGAUGACCGUGUUUGCCGGCCCGUUUAAAAAAGACAUUUGUAUGUACUCUGUGCGAAGAGCAUUCCGAUCCUGCGGUCCCAUUCAUUCGAUGGUGAUUUUAGAAGAGACGCAUCAGCCCUAUAUACGUAUACAAUACGGUGUACUAGAGGCGGCUCAUCUUGCUGUAGAAGUUUUAAAUGGAUCUUGUAUUGAUGGAUGUUAUAUAAAGGUCGAAAAGCUGGUAACAGAGAGAACGUUCGAUUCAGACAAUCUGAUAAAGGAGAUGGAAGAGGAUUUGGAAAAUGAAGACAUUAUUUAUGUGUCUGGAUUUAAAAAACCCCUUACAGAAGAAAUCCUUCAAGAACAGUUCAGCCAUUUGAAAGAUAUAAAGGCUAUAUUUGUUCCCACCAACCCUAGCAAAGGAAAACGUGCAAAAUAUUGCUAUUUAAAAUUCCACAAUCCACAGAGUGCUCUGACUGCGACUGAUUACAUCAGGGCACACACCGUUCUAUUGAGUCGCAAAGCUCUCACAGCGAACCACUUACAUCGCUGGUUACAGACAGCGGACACCUCUCUAGCCCACCAGCCGGACCAGGAGAUUCAUCCCAAGGAAGAAGAGCAGAUUGCUGUAAUAAAACAUUUGGAUAGGAAGAUUAAACAGCUUUACGAGAGUCUUCAAGGAAAUACCUUGUGCCUUAUCCUUUUCCCUGGUAAAAACAGUGACACUGCAGAACUUCCUGGACUCGGCCUGAUGGGAAUAAAAUCUGAAUAAAGUUAUGGCUAAUCAAUUCAUAUUUUAGAACUAUUUUUAAAAUAAAAAAAAAAUAAACAUCUUCUACAAACUACUGGGAAUUGAUGUAAGUUAAUAAUAAUAAUUAUGUGUCUUAACCCUUUAAAAUGAAUCUGCUGAUCUUGCCUAACUGCUUCAGGGUUGCUGAUGUUAAUUCGGUUUUUGGAGCGUAAACCCAAAUUGAUUUUUUUAAAGAUGUUUAUCACCAAGUGCCUAUUGUACCUGUGAUGUUUUUCUAUUGUCCCUUUAAAUAAAAAAAUAUAGUUUUUCUUUUAAAACUAUAAUAAAACUUUAA